ACCCUCGGAAACCGCCAGGGCCGACGUCACCUCUCGCCAUUCUCCAUUGUUCGGACUUCACGUAGCCCCUGAAAGUUAUCCAGAGCGAGGUCACCCCGUUCUUCCUCUCUGGUAGUUAUUUUAUCCAGACAAGUAAUAAUAAUACUAAUAAUAUGCUGCCACUCCAGUAUAAGGAGGGCUCUCUCCUUCUGUUGUUCCCCGAUCUCUUCUGUGCCCAAGGGUAAAAGGGGCCCCUUUGUGCCUUCUAAUGGCUUCCACAGCCAAAGAUAAGGAGAAGUCAUCUCUAUUCUUCUUCUCCUCCUCUUCUAUCUCUUCCUUCUACAGGGAGAUUAAGCCUUCUUCACUCCUCCCCCGCAUCCGCUUCGUCGUCUUCGUCCUCCUCUGCUACGUCCUCUGGCUUCGCCUCCUAUUCUUCAGCUUCCCCCUUGACUCCUCCUCCCCCGCGUCGUAUUCCGCCGCCGCAGGCCACCGCCACCACCAGCUCAGCCGCUCGCCGGAGACGUGCGAUCCCGACAUUGCGCCCUUCUACAUACACACCAUCCAUCCCCGCUUCAACGCCGCCCUCGUCCGCCGCUGCCUCUCCCGCCUCGCGUGCUGCGACGUAUGCCCCCACGUCGGCCACCUUGGCCUCGGCCGGCCCCUCCUCCGCCUCCCUGACGCCGCCGAUGCCGCCGACGCCGUCCCGGGCACCGCGUGGUACGCCACCCACCAGUCCACCGCCGAGAUGUUGUUCCACGCCCGCGUCCAGCGCCACCCCUGCCGCACCAUGGUCCCGGAGGCGGCGGUCUUGUUCUACGUCCCGUUCUACGCCGGCCUCCACGCCGCCGCCAACUUCCGGCAGGCCAACCACACCCGUCGCGAUGCCCUCGCCGUCGACCUCGCCACCCACCUCUCCUCCCUCCCCUCCUUCCGCCGCCGUGCCGGCCGCGACCACUUCCUCGCCGUCGGCCGCGCCUCCUGGGACUUCAUGCGCUCCCCCGCCGGCCCGGACUUGGGAGCCAAUCGCCUCCUCCUCUUACCGGAGGUCGCCAACAUGACGGUACUCACGGUGGAGCGCCACCCAUGGGAGGGCCACAACCAGUUCGGCAUCCCCUACCCCUCGUACUUCCACCCGCGCACGGCGGCGGAUGUGGCAGAGUGGCAGGCGGAGCUCCGCCGGCUGGGCAGGACCCAUCUGUUCGCGUUCGUGGGCGGAGUGGGGUCCGACUCGGAGAACGCCGACACCCGGAGCAGCAUAUUGAACCAAUGUAGGAUGUCGGACCGGUGCCUUGCGGUCGAAUGCAAACCAGAUCGGCACAAAUGCGACGACCCGGACCUUAUCAUGGAUGUGAUGCGCCGGGCCGACUUCUGCCUGCAGCCGCCCGGCGAGUCGUUCACCCGGCGGUCCACCUUCGACUCGGUGCUCGCCGGGUGCAUCCCGGUGUUCUUCUCGGAGCACACGGCACACACACAGUACCGGUGGUACCUUCCGAGCCGACUCGGGGACUGGUCGGUCAUGUUGGAGCCGAGUCAACGGAAUCAGAUCGAAGACGAGUUGGCUCAGAUUCCACGGGCCGAGGUGGGGAGGAUGAGAGAGGUGGUCAUCGGGUUGAUACCAAGGAUGACAUACGCCCACCCGGAUGCGAACCGGAGCCAACUCGGGUUUCGUGAUGCGGUCGACGUCGCGCUGGUUGAGCUCACCCGGCGAGUCCGGUCGAUUAGAAAUAUUGAAACCAAUGAUCGAUGAUGAUGAUAGAAGGGCAUAAUGUCAAAAUAGAUGAUCUUGGCGAAUAACUGCAUUGCUAAAUUGGCCAAGUUGCACAGCACUGUCUCCUCCCUGCAGAUUAAUUUAAUCCAUGAAUUUGUACUUUCAAUAAAAGAGAA